UGGCCUCAGUCGGAAUAAAUGUUUACAAUGAGAAUCUUCUUCUUUUUAAUUUCCUUGUUUUCCGCUGUAAACUGUAAUCCAGAGAAUAAUUUAGAAAAUGGGCCAAUGGUGGAAAUAUUCUUUAAAGUGCUACAUCAGAUGACCAGCAUAAACCCUGACUUUGCUACAUUCAACAAACUAAAGCAGGAUUAUACUUCUGCUUUCAGAGAAAAACAAGAUGUUGCUGCAGCUGAUCUUCCAUACUUUAAGAUCCUGCCAAAAUAUCUCGGAAGCUUUCCCCCGGGAAAAUCUGAAACUUUCCUCAACUUUACCUGCUUCCAAACAAUAAAGAUUGAAACUGUUCCAAUAGGUGGAGGAGCUGUAGAAUUAACAAUUGAACAUGAAGACCCGGAUAAUAUCCUUUGUCAUCGUAGUUUCAUUGUGUCAACAGGGUCAACUUUUCAGAUUGAUGAAUUUUUCGGAGCUGGAAAAAAGACAUACACAAUUCAGAGCACCUUCACGUCAGUUGAUACAUGGGACAUUUUUACAAGGGGACCAAGAGUGUUCAUGUAUCCAAUGACUCCAGAGGACCUAACAUACAACCUGGCAGCUACAGCAGCAUUAUUUGAACCAGUUCUAACUGAGGGUGUAUCUGAAAACUUCGCAAACAUGAAUAGGGAAUUUCUUUCAUCUUACGCAGGAAUCAAAAUGGAGUUAAACGAUGGCCCAGGGGUGUUACACAUUCCAGAAGAGCUUAUAGGAAAUGGAGACACUUUUAAUAUCAUGAGAUUAGAUGGUUUAGAUCCUAUGAUUGCCUGGGCUAUGGGGGCUGCAACAGGGCAUACUGGAAUUGCACUCUGGAGGAAUGAAACACUUUAUAUCUGUGAGUCUAAUGCUAAGUCUGCCUACUGGCCAGUCAAUGGAAUCCAAUGCAAUCUAUACAAGGACUGGAUUGAGUACGGAAGACGUAACGGAUAUAAUGUUGUUUGGGUUCCACUGAAAGAGGAAAUCAAGUCCAAGUUUGAUUCUGAUUUAGCCUGGGAUUUAAUUGAAACUUGGUAUGGGAUUGAUUAUGGAUAUGAGGUUGUACUAAUGGGACUGCUUGAUACCAUGUAUGAUAAUAUGCCAUGUGUGCCUACUGCAGAAGGAGAUAUGUGCAUAGAACCAGAACACUUUGAGAUGCUUUUCAGCUACAUUGAGAGAGUCUCUACAACAGUAGCAAGAGUUUAUAAACCUGCAAUGCUUCAAAGAGCUGGUGUCCCAUUCAAUUACACAUUGGUGGAGGCUUUUUAUGAAGCUUCUUUAAAUGGUUUAACCCCAGAAGAGAUGUAUAGUAUUCCUGAACAGGACGGCUGGUUGUAUGAGACUACAAGAGACGGAGUUCCAGAAUACAGUCCGGUGGCCAUCUGCAAUGUUUUUGUAUGCAAUGUAUGGAAGACUGCAGGUAUUUUUGGGGAGCUCGUGGAUUUAAUUAAUUGCGGAGAAACCUCAGUCAAUGACAACUACAGAUUAAACCUGUAUAAACCUGCAAGUUAAAGACCUGAUCUAUGUAAGAAUGCUGAUCCUUACAAUCCAAAUUGUCAAAUACUCGGAAGAUAUAAACUACGACUGGAUUCCCAACCCGGUCAACUUCCCAGGAAACC